UGGCAUUAAACGGAAACGAAGUGUAUUAUGGGAAGUAAAUAAAAGCUUCCAGUUCCAUUCGUCUAUGUAAGCACUUAUUGAACGCGUGUGUACUUUAUUAUUAAGAAAAUAUAAAAAAGAGUAAGUUUAUGUACGAAUGAACAGUUACGAUGUCUGAUACUUGGAGUGACAUUCAAGCUUUUAAAUCAAGGCAGAGCAGUUUACGUGAGCGACUGCAACGUCGUAAAAAAGAGAGAGAAGGUAUUGUAUUAAGUAUCACAGGUGAAUUAAGUGGAUCGGGCAGUCCGAGGAGUAACAGUCCUAUUCCAAACUUACAACAGACUCCUAAAGAAGAAACAAAUAUUGUUACAGAAUUUAAAAUUAAUCCUGAAAUUGAACAAAAUUUAUUAGUGUGCCUAUGUGAUGUAGCCCUUAAUUUGCCUACCGAUUCAAGGAGCUUGUUGUCUUCUGUAACAAAAUCAUUGAAUAUUGAAAUUAAGCAUAUUGUGCUAGAAAAUCUUUUGCAAAAAUUUGCUGCUCAAGAGCUUAUUACCAUAACUGAAAGUUAUACACCAGAAGGAAAAAGUUGUAUAGUAGUGUCAAAUAUAGAUCAUACCAAACUACAAGCAUUUUCUCAUGAUUUAGUUGCCACAAAAAGUAUUAAAAAGAAUGAAGAUGAUAAUGAAAAAGAUAAGACUCCAAAUGAGGAUGAAGGAAAAUCAAAACUUCCACAUAAAAUAAAAGAUGGUUUAAAGAAAGGUAAAAAUAAUGAUACUAUAGAAAGUCUGUUAUCUCUUCCUUCAACUAGAGAAAAAGAAAAUAAAAAACUUGGAGAAGAAAUAUUAGAACUACUUAGUAAACCAACUGCUAAAGAAAGGUCACUUGUAGAGAGAUUUCGAUCUCAAGGUGGUGCUCAGGUUCAAGAGUUUUGUCCUCACGGAACAAAAGAAGAGUGUAUGAAAGUGGCCGGCGUUAGCGAACCAUGUAAAAAGCUACAUUUCAAAAAAAUUAUUCAGAAACAUACAGACGAAUCUCUUGGUGAUUGUUCAUUUUUAAAUACGUGUUUUCACAUGGACACUUGUAAAUAUGUACAUUACGAAGUCGAUUAUUCCACCGUUCCUCCACCUCCAGCUAAGAGAGUGAAACUCGAUAAAACAAUAGGUAAUAAUGAUCAACUAGCUGUAUUAUAUCCAUCUCAAUGGAUUCAAUGUGAUCUAAGAUAUUUCGACAUGAGUAUAUUGGGAAAAUUUGCAGUCGUUAUGGCCGAUCCUCCGUGGGACAUUCAUAUGGAAUUACCUUACGGCACAAUGUCAGACGAUGAAAUGAGAAGAUUAAAUAUUCCUAGUCUACAAGACGAAGGCCUUAUUUUUCUAUGGGUGACCGGUCGAGCCAUGGAAUUGGGAAGAGAGUGCCUUCAGCUUUGGGGUUAUGAACGAUGCGACGAAAUUAUCUGGGUUAAAACAAAUCAGUUGCAAAGAAUCAUACGAACCGGAAGAACGGGCCAUUGGCUUAAUCACGGAAAAGAACAUUGUUUAGUCGGUAUUAAAGGCAAUCCCGAAGAUAUUAACAGAGGUCUCGAUUGCGACGUUAUCGUGGCAGAAGUUAGGGCAACUAGUCACAAACCAGACGAGAUAUACGGAAUCAUAGAAAGGUUAUCUCCUGGUACUCGCAAAAUAGAAUUAUUUGGAAGACCACACAACGUACAACCAAACUGGAUUACUCUCGGUAAUCAAGUGGAGGGUGUAAGACUUAUCGAUCCCACACUUAUUGAAGCCUUUAGAAAAUGUUAUCCCGAUGGAAAUUGCAUGAAAAAAUUAGAGUAACUUAAAAUAAGUACAAAAUAUUUAUAAUGACUGUAUUUAAGAUUUUUUUUAAUAUUCUUUUAAUAAGUUUCAUCAUUCUUUCUUGUAUGUUUUUGUUAACAAUUACAGAAUUAUGUUGACUAGAUAUAAACAAACUUUUAAAUUUCCAAGGAAAAUUAAAUUAUUUUAAAAAUGAUAAUAACUAACAUCAUUGUAUAAAACUUUCAAGUAUGACUUUAGGUCAUAAAUUUAAAAAAUAGUAAAUAAAAAUAUAGUUUUUUAGAUUUUUAUAGCAACUAAAAAAAAAUAGAAAAUUUUCAAAAUAAAAUAAUAAUUUUUUUCUUAAACUAAAAAUUUUAAUUUAGUUAUUUUUAUAUCAAUAGAUAAAAAGAAAUUAACAUCUUUCAUUACUCAUAUUAAAGUAAUUUAUUUGUUUUUAUGUAUUAUUUUGUAUAGAUGGAUGCCCAACAAGAACACAACUAGAUUCUUUACGUUAAAUACACAUUUUCAUAUGUUAAUGGUAUUUUUACUGGAAUAUAAAAUUAUUUUCUAACUUUUAAAUUUUAACUUUGGCACAAGUAGAAAAUUUUAGAUCUAGAUUUAUUAUUAUAUUUAGAAUAUUAAAAGAAUAUUGUAUUUUAUGCAUAUUGAAAUAGUCGUUUCUAUUUGUUAAGUAUGAAAAUGUUAUGAAUUUUUAUUGAAAUGUGUGAGCAGCAAAUUAUAAUUCCACAAAUGCAAAAUUUACUUAAUCUAUUUCUUAGUAAUAAAUGUGUAUAUAAAUUAUUAUUAUUUUUCUUGACAUUAUGAAAUUUUUAUUAACCAGUUAAUAAACUAUGAUAGCUAAAGCAUUUAACAAUCUUUAUUUCGGUUGUACAGUAUUUUAUUAAUACAAGGUGAAUCCUAUGUACGCAGUUAAAUAUAACAAAGUUGAACGUUAUAUAGAAAUAAAAAUUACAAUAGCUGUACUGUAUACAGAUUAAAUAUUGCUAAUUCAAUUGUAUAAUAGUUAAUUUGUAGAUACCCUUGUGCAAUUGCAUAAAAAUAA